GGUUGGGCUGUUGCAUGUACUUCAGUGGUGUUGCAGCCGUUACGCCUCUUUCAGACAGGUUUACGAACUGAUAAACGUGAUUUUAUUUAACAUUACUUUAUUUUUCUUUCAAAGUUUGCUGGGGGCUUUUAAUAUUUUAAGCUCUGACCUCCUUCCUUGCGGUCAGGCUGUAACCCUCCCCUGAAGAGUUUCCACCAGGACGAAAGGUAAAUAGACAAGAGGACAAUCAUCUGAUCUUCUGUUCACAGUAACAGCUAUGCUACUGAUAUGCAUUGCUUCUCUUCUAAUCUGCUCUGCAGCAGCAUCAGAUUUCUCUGUAUUUUCUUCUAAUGCGUCAGUGUCAGAGCGCUUGGGGUCAUCAGCUGUCCUGCCAUGUGGACUCUCUCCUUCUUUAAAUGCUGAGUUGUUUAAAGUUCGGUGGCACAAGGAUGAUUACAACAGCCCAGUUCUGCUGUAUGACGAUCUAAAGAUCCAGGAGAACGCUGGAGAUCCUCUCUACAGAGGCAGAGUGUCUCUGAUUGGAGACUUGCAGAAAGGGAACCUCUCUCUGAAACUGGAGAACCUCACACUGGCAGACGGAGGAGAAUAUGUGUGCUUGGUUAAGAGUCUCACUUGGUAUGAAUCGGUUAAAGUAAAUCUUACAAUAAAAGAACUGGGCUCUUCUCCUCUCUUCUUAAUGGCUGAAGAUGGAAAUCAAGUGAAUGUGACCUGUAGGUCAAACGGAUGGUCACCAAAGCCCACCCUCACCUGGAGAGACAAAGGAGGAAGAGAACUCACAACCAGCCACAUUUAUUACAAAACUGACUCUAAAGGGUUGGUGAGUGUGAGCUCUUGGCUGCUUCUCUCUCCCUCAGAGUCAGAGUGGAUCUCCUGUUCUGUGGGUUUAUCUGAUCAGGAGAUGAAGGAGGGAAGAGUGCUGCCACGCAAAGAAAUCUGGAGGGAGGCGUUCAUCGCCACUCUGGUUCUUUCUCUAUUUAUCGUCAUCAUCCUCACUGCUCUUCUUCUUUUAGUGAGAAAAGGUUUAUUUCCACCCCGGCCAUCUCAUAAAAAUACAAAAGAAGAGGAAACACUUCCCCUGACAGGUCCAAGUGAAGAAAGAUUAAUGAUGUGGAGAAAGCUGAGAAAAAAUAAAGUGAAGCUCACUGUGGAUCCUGAAACAUGUAAAAAACCUCUGACCAUGAAGCAAGAUGGGGCCAGUGUGUACCGUGGACAGCUGAGCAAAAGCGACCUCUUUCAAUCUUCUUCAUUUCCUCCUGCUCUGAGUAAAGAAGGGUUCUCCUCAGGACAGACAUACUGGGAAGUUACAGUGGAUCAGAAAGAAAACAGUAAAAAGUCAUGGUGUGUGGGGGUCACUCAAAAGCCCCCCACUGAAGAGACCCUCACAGCUCUCUGUUAUGAAGAACACUGUGGUAUUUACCCCAGUACUGACCCUCACACUCAGAUACCUGCUGAAGGUCACGUUACCACCCUGGGUCUGAUUUUAGACUUCAAACACAAAACUCUGUCCUUUAUUAAUGUAGAUAAAGAAUCUCACCUGCAAACUUUUAGAAUGAAUAACAUGGAGAAUAGUAAAUAUUUUGCUCUAAUCAGUCCAGGAAUGAAAGAUAGCUACCCUGUUAAGUUUUCAUAGUUAGUAAUGUUGUGUUACUGUACAGACCUUUAAGGCGAGACAGGCUAAGUAGGUCAUUUUUUCAAAGAGUUUUUUUGAGUUUUGCUUAAGUAUUAAGCACAAGUAUUAAAUUACAUUUAAAUAUGCCAAUGAAGUACUCUAGAAUUAAAUGUUUAGAUGUUAGAAUUAAAAUGUUUAUUUAAUUGUGAAGACACUUCAGAGGUUUUUACAACUGGAAUAUUGUUGUUCAAGAAAAAUGCUGUGCACUGUAAGUGUGAAAUGAUUUUCAGGUCAUUCUGUAGUACAAUAUCUAGCACAUAUCAAUAAAUUAGCAAUGAAUUAA